CCACCAAACAGACCCGGGCACGGCCAGCGACACCCCCACCUCCGCCUUCUUCCUCCCUCCGCUCACCUCAUCGCCUCGUCUCCACCUCCAAAAGUCGCGAGCCGUCUCUGCGGGGUUUUGCGGGGGGACGGUUGGCGUCUUGCGCUGCUGGUGGAGGGCCGUUUGGCCGGCCGCCGGGCUUUCCAUCCUUCCCCUGCCUUUGGGGAGGUUUUAUCUCGGGAGGUUUCUUGAGGGGUUUUAGCCGGAGCACGGUGGCGCAGUCAUCAAAUGCGAGUGGAGUGAUGUGGGCCUUGGAGGAGGAGAUGUUCGUGGCGGUGAGGCGCACGGAGCACGUCGAGGUCACCUCCCGGGCGGUGGAGGCGGCGCCGGCCAAGGAGAGCGCCGCGCCGGGGCCGAGGACCGUCAGGGUCUUCUGCGACGACUACGACGCCACGGACUCGUCCGGCGACGACGACGACGCAGGGGCCGCCGCGCGCCGGAGGGUGAAGCGCUACGUGCAGGAGAUCCGCCUGGAGCGGGCGGUGAAGGAGGCGCCGCCCGCCCGGCCCGCGGCGUCCCCGGCGGCCCCGGCCGCGGCGAGGGUGAAGCUGGUGCUCCCCGGCCGGAAGAGGAAGGCCGACGGCGCCGGCGCCGGCGCCGCGGAGCCGCGGUUCCGCGGCGUGCGGCGGCGGCCCUGGGGCAAGUACGCGGCGGAGAUCCGAGACCCGUGGCGGCGGGUGCGGGUGUGGCUCGGCACCUUCGACACCGCCGAGGAGGCCGCCAAAGUCUACGACUCGGCGGCCAUCCAGCUGCGCGGGCCCGACGCCACCACCAACUUCGAGCAGGUCGACGACGCCGCCGCCCUCGCCGUCCUGGCGGAGGUCGCCGAGCGCCUCCCCCAGCCGCCUCAGGCGGCGGCGUCCAAGAACGCGUCCUCGUCGGCCACCUCCUACGACUCCGGCGAGGAGUCCCACGCGGCUGCGGCGUCCCCGACCUCCGUGCUCCGCUCAUUCUCGGCGUCCGGGGUCGCCAACGACACCUGCAGCAAGAAGCCGGCGCCGGCUCCGGCUUCCGCGGCGCCAGCACCACUGCCGGCGUCCCGCGCCCCGCAGACCGACGAGUCCAGCGGCGUGGUGUUCCGCUGCCCCUUCUCCAGCGCCGACGGCUUCGCCGGCGAGUUCCCUCCCAUGUACACCGACUUCGACCUCCUUGCCGACUUCCCGGAGCCGUCGCUCGACUUCCUCGCCGACAUCCCCGAGGAGCCCCUGUCCCUGCCGUUCUUCUCCUCCGCCACCACCACCACAAGCAGCGAGUCCUCGUCGGAGCCGCCGUCGCCGGCGAGGUGGCAGCAGGUGGACGACUUGUUCCAAGACAUCACCGACCUGUUCCAAAUCGACCCGCUGCCCGUCGUCUAGCUAGCGCAGCACCAACUGUAAACACCGGGCUUAGCGCAGCAGCUGCUGCUAAUCCGGCCAAUUUUGUUUGCAUUCCGUCGUUUUUCUUUCUUUUUAGUAUUUCUUUUAGGGGCGUGAGAAGAGAGAAGCUUGUUCGGCAGGGCGGCGUAGCUGCUGCCACUGCCACCCCCGCCGAGGAGGAAGAAGAGGCCUUGGACGGGGCGAGUUGCGAGAGAGAGAGAGAAAGAGAGAGGUGUGGUGGUGGGAUGGGAAUGGGAUCUUCCGCCAUGGAUGGUCCUGUGUCCUUGGACUGUGACCACCAUCAAGUUAUCAUCAGUAAUUAGAGAGAAAUUAAGCUAUGAGUAAUUAGCGAUUCGUUUCAUACUUUCA